GAAGCACUUUAAAGGUCUUGCACUAUCUGUACAGCUCACAUGAGAAUGAGCUGAGAUCAACUUUGGCAAUAAUGCAUUAAAUUAGGCGAAUGUUUUAAUAUACGAGGACGAUCAACAGCAACAUACUCCAUCACAUGUUUUUAUGUUCACCUGACGCUUUCGUACGUUUCCCCCACAAGGGCGUUUAUUAGGAUUAGCAUUAGCACUUUGGUGCAAUGUCAACAACACCAGAAGCACAAGUGUCAAAACCUGGUCAGGUGGUGAAGAACUGCUGGAGCUGUCGGCUCCUCUCCGGCGGUGGUCUGAUGCUGUCCGGCGCAUAUGUGUUCCUCCCAGCCCUGAGGACCAUCCGACAAGGCGGACCGACCUCCAUGGGCACAUUGGCACAGAUGAUAUUUGCUGCAGGUUUGACCUCAUGGGGGCUUGUUGUCAUCACUGACCCGAUGGAUAAAACGCAGAGAAAGACGUGAACACAGUGGAGAAACGAGCAAAAGCAGGAAUAUGCCUUUGAAAUGGCUUUAUCAUGGACUGAGGUGUUGUGCAGCAGAUAUUUGUUGCAACAAGCUGACACCAAGCCAAAGACGCUUCUUUGAUUGUGUUUUUUAUUGUACAGUGAUUUGGCCUCACAUACAAAUCCAACUAGAUUUCUGUUGACAUUGUGUAGGCUACCUUUCUAUGGAGGACAAGAUCUGACAGAAGUAUAAAUAAAUACUGGAAUAAAUAA